UACUUCCGGUGCGACUGGCCUAGUACUGUCCUGGUACCGGCAGCCGCCUGACCCCGCCAAUUAUCUCGCGCCUGCUGCUACCCUUGCGGCCACGCCAUGGAGCGCCUUGAUAAAGUGGCGCUGAACGCGCUGCAGCCGCCAGAGUUCAGAAAUGAAAACACUUUAGCUUCAACCCUCAAGACACUCCUGUUCUUCACAGCUUUAAUGAUCACAGUUCCUAUCGGGUUGUAUUUUACAACUAAAUCCUAUGUAUUCGAAGGUGCACUUGGAAUGUCCAAUAGAGACAGCUACUUUUAUGCUGCAAUUGUUGCUGUUGUUGCUGUUCAUGUGGUUCUGGCCCUGUUUGUCUAUGUGGCCUGGAAUGAAGGCUCACGGCAGUGGCGUGAAGGCAAACAGGAUUAAAGUGAAAAUCACCUUUUGAUAGCAUGAAAUUUAUUUUUGAAAAUGUUAAGUACUUCUGGGAUAUUGAUAAUAAAUACAUUUACUUUGAAUAAAGUUGAAAGAACAUGUUAAAAUCA